ACCAGCAGAGGAGUGGAAACGAUGGAUGACAAGAGAAAGUGUUCUGCGAGAUGACUAACAUUUAUUGGGUGCGCCCAGUAUAGAAUAUAAUAUAUAUUGACAUUUCUGCGUCCAACACUAUUUAUUCUAACAACUUGACCAGAAAGUUACAACUUAGUCGCAACGACAACAAAAGUCUAUGGAGCAACUAGAUGCCGUGUGGAUGGAUGAAUUCGUCCCUUUCCGGGAUGAGAUGCAAUUUUCUUUCGUGAAUGCGUCCGGAGUGACGCGGGUCAACACGUCCCCGCGAACUAAAAUGGUUCUUGAAGUGCUGAUGGUGCUGAUGUGUCUCGGCGCAAUCACAGGCAACAUCCUGGUUAUAGUGAUAGUGGUGGCCACCAAGAACUUCCACUCGGUGACGUCGGUGCUCAUUAUAAACCUGGCCAUCAGUGACCUGUUGGUAGGGGUUGGGAUCAUGCCGUUUGUUGCUAUCUCCGUCAUGAACAACGGAUGGGUUGACUGCACCGACCUGUGUCUGUAUGUGGGCUACACCUCCUCGGUGUACUGUACGGCGUCGGUCCUGACCCUGGCGGCCAUUGCUCUGGAUCGGUACUACUCUAUCAUGGACUGCUUGCGGUACAGUUCCCGCUGUACGCUGUCCAGAAUCUUUGCGGUGGUGCUGUGGAUCUGGUUUCAGGCCCUGGUCACGAGCUGUCCUCCUCUGCUGGGCUGGGGGGCUGUUUCUUAUGUGGCUCCAAUGUACAGCUGUGUGGUGAACUGGAAAAGCAGUCCCAGCUACACCGUCUUCAUGGCUGCCCUCUCCUUCCUGGUGCCGGCUGUGGUCAUCCUCUUCUGUUAUGUCCACAUUGUCCGUGUGGCGCGCAGUCACGCCCGGAGGAUACACACCCUGGAGGACCACCUCCAGAGGAACCAGGGGACGUCGACCUCCUCGACCCCGUCCGAGAGCACCUCUGAGCGGGCUAGUCCGACGUGUUCGGGUGCCUAUGGUUCUUCCACCCCCAGGCUGGUGUGCCACCUGAGCGGCCGGUUUGUGUCGGAGGCCAGCGAGGAGGCUCGGGGAAGGACUCCUUCGCAGUCCGACUCUACUGCUGGAGCCGCGCAGAGCUGCGGUCACCCCGGCUCCACCUCUGGCUCCAGCGCUGCAGCCCGGAGGCUUUUCUCCUUCCUGGCUCAACACGUCCCCCAUAGCCACCCCCAUCCGCCCCAACAGAACUCCAACUCCCAUCAACACCAUCACCACGGGGUGGUGCGGCUCUUCCUGGUUAUCUUUGCCUUCUUCCUCUGUUGGACUCCGUAUAUGGGCGUUGCGUUAAUCCAGGCCACGGAGACUGCCCUGUCGUGUCAGUCCUCCUUAGUCCCGUCCUCGGCUGUCACCUUCUCCUAUUGGCUGGUUUUGUUCAACUCAGACAUCAAUCCUCUUUUGUACGCGCUGCUCAGUAAGAGGUUCCAGGGAGCUCUUCAGUGCCUGAAGCAGAAGGUCAGAGUGCGUCUGGGGGGCAACUUGCUGAGGAGGUGGGGGGGCGAGUCCAGGUGGGUGGGAGAUGGAGAGGAGGGGAGAAGCAGUGAACCCAGCAGUAAUAGGAAUUCCUCCCAUCCCCACACCCAUUCAGGUCUUGUAUGCCCAGGAAGUGGGUCUGAUGCCCAGAACCCGCCAGCAGGAGACGGGCCAAGACGAGCCUACUGCUCCUCUGUCUUCACGGUCGACUCCAACUUCACCAACGGCCCCAGGGACUGCCUGUGUGAUGUGCUCCACCCUGGUAGUACGUCCUCCACCUAUACCUGCUCCUCCUCUCUAUGGCAGAACACAGUUGGUGGAGGUGGGGAGAGGAGUUCACGCAGGCUGGAGUGCCUACAAGUCCCCACCAGGACACCAGAGGGCAGCAGACCGCCAUUUUCAGCAGCCGGAGGAGACGGUCGGGCGACAUUCUUCUAUGGACAAAUCACUGUGAGCGUGGAGCACGAAGUACGCUAGUCAGAAUGGACCACAGAGGUCCA